GGAGUUCGGCGACUGCCUGGCCAUCGAUACCUUCGAACUGGCCGACGCCCAGGGGGCCAACGUCAUGUUCCUCAGCCAGAUCGACAUGGCCUCCAAAUGCCAGGUCGCUGUCCCGAUCACUUCCCGCAAGCCGACCGUGAUCUGGCAGGCCACGCUCGACUCCUGGCUGCUCGCGCUCGGCGUUCCGAACGUCGCGAUGGCGGACGCGGGAGGCGAGUUCGAGCGUGAAGUCAAGGAGGAGCUGGAGACCAUGGGCUCGAGGAUAGUCUCGAGCGCACACUGCGGCCCGACGCAGAGCGCCAUCGGCGAGAGGCAUGGCCAGACCUGGACGGCGCACGCUCGCGCCUUGAUCUCUGAGUUUCUCCCGACCUUCAAGAAGGAAGACCAGGUCAAGUGGCCCACGGCGACGAUCAACUACGCGGUGAACUCUGCAGUGGGCCCGCCGGGGUACUCGCCGCCCCAGCGGGCCCUGGGCCGGGGCGCCGAGCUUCCGCGCCAGCUCUUCGGCCAGCACAGCAACCUCAGGUUGCACCAGCGGAUGCAAGACGACGACGAGCCGAGCUUCAGGCAGCGCGUCGGACUACUCAGCGCAGCGAAGCGCUCGGUGGCCGCGCCGGAGGCCGACCACAAGAUCAGCGAGGCAUUCCUCGCCAAGGGCAGAGCUGCAGCUACGGCGCCAGCGGCUGCAACGCGCCAGAUCGGCGACCAAGUGUACUACUGGAAAGGACUGGGCAAGGCCCGUGCCAAGAAGCGCUGGGCAGCACGCUGGCACGGACCAGCGGCGGUCAUCGGGCACGAGUCCAACAACCUGUGGCUGGCGCACCGCAACCUCGCCAUGCAGGCGUCGGCGCGGCGCGUCAGAGCAGCGGGGGCGCCGGAGCUGGUCGACUGGAAGGAUGUCUUCGAGCGUGCGGAGGGUGCGAGCGGGCCUGCCGCCUCAAGACCAUCACGGUGGUCACCGCCCGGGCCGGGUGGCCAGGCCCCGGCGGGGGUCGACGACGAGGCGCCGCAGGUCGCCGACCCACCUCCUACCGACGUCGGCCACGACCGCACUUACUGUGCCAUGACAAUCGAUGAGCACGCUCGCGCGCCCAUGGACGAGGAGCAACAUUCCGCCGCUGGAGGGCCUCAGGACCCAUGUACUCCCAAGAAGCCCCCGAGCAAGUGCCUGCGCUCCCUGGGCGGCCCACUGGACCGCCAGAACACCCCGAGGGGGAAGCGCCUCCUCAACCGCCUGAAGAAUCCCAAGACGCCCUGCCUCCUCUUCAUGAUCCAAAUCUUCCUUCUCCCAAUCGCCACGAUAAUGGGGAGACGCCGCAGGUGCAGAAUAUGGAUGGCCCUGCGCUUCAAGAAGAUCGCCGCGAGGGCGAAGAAGCGCCGCAUCAAGAGAUGCUAUUGGACCAAGGCUGCGAGGUCCACGGAGGUCAACUUGGACGCCGUCUCAUGCGAAAGUAUCAGGGAGCUCAUGGCAGCCAUGGAAGACGAGUGGGAGAAGUGGGCGGCGUUCGGAGCUGCGCGAAGAUGCCCAGGCCACGAGCUCAAGCAGCAUCUCGCCAACGGCGCCAAGGUCGUGGGCACGCGCUGUGUGGUCACGCUGAAGCAGACCAAGAGGUCCAGGUACAAGUCUCGACUGGUAGUUCUGGGCUGCCAGGAGCGCUCCGCCGACAUCAGGCGCCCCACGGACCCGGGCAAGGUGUUCUACGCGCAGGGCUCGAUCUACGGUGCCAAGGAUGCGGGGCCCGCCUGGUAUUACUACGACGGGGGGCUCCAGAUGGCAAUGCACAGACACGUUGACGACUUGCUGGUUGCCAGGAAGGCUGCAAGCCCCACGGUCGACAAGACGCCGGGGGAGAUGGCUGAGUUUCUACAUCUGGAGAGACGCGACGGGGAGUUUGAGCGCUGCGGAGUGCACAUCAGGUAUGCCGCGGCAGAGAUCUACGUCACGCAGGUUAAGGCGGUCAAGGCCGUGGAGCAUACCCCCAUCGCCCCGGGCAGGAAGAAGGUUCCAGACGGACAGGCAACCAUGGAGGAGCUGAGCAUGUUUCGCAGCACGCACGGGCAACUACAGUGGCUGGCGCAUCGCUCGAGGCCCGACAUAGUUUUCGAGCAGAACAGGCUUGCGCAGAGGACGUCAGAGCUGAAGGUCCAGGACUUCAUCGAUGCCAACAAGCUCGUGGACUACGUCGAGCAGAACAUCGAGUGCGGCCUGCACUUCUGCAGGGGCGUCGUGGACAUCAGCGCAGCGUGA